CAUUGGCCGGCGCCGGCGGCGCCAACCGGAAGCGGCGCCGUGAGGGAGGGAGCGCGCGGGCGGCGCCGCCAUCUUGGCCCGGUGGCGGCCGUGGCGGCGCUCGGGACCCGCGGCGGCCCCGCCAUGGCCGCGAACCUCGGCGACCAGCGCGAGUGGGCCGCCCCGUUCGCGCUCGGGCCCGGCGCCGGCCCCGCGCGGGAGGAGCCGCCGGCACCCGCCGAGAACCCCGAGUGGGAGAAGGCCCGGCAGGCGCUGGCCAGCAUCAGCAAAGCCGCGGCCGGAGGAGCCAAAACAGCGGCGGCGGCGACGGGAGGAGGAGCGCAGUACCCCCCCCCCGCGCAGGGGGACCCCUCUCUGCAGCCGCAGCCCCCCCAGUACUACCAGUGGUACCAACCCUACGGGGGGGGCUACUACCCCUACGGAUACUACUACCCACUGGGGGUGUACCCCGGUUAUGGGGCGCCCACCGCCCCCUACGCCGCGGGGGGAGGGGCUCCUACGCCGCCGCCCCCCCCCAGCAGCAGCCCCCCGCCCCCCCCCCCAGCAGCAGAGCGGCCUGGGCCAGCAGCCCCCGGUGCCCGGCCUGGAGGAGGCGGCGCCGUUCGGGACCCCCCCAGCCCCCCCCACGCCGCCCCCCCCCAGCCGCAGCCCCCUCCCCACGGCGGGGAGGGGCGGGGGGGGGGGGGGGACCCCCCCGGGGGGCUCCACCCCCCUACCCCUUCCCCCCACUACGGCGAGGGGCCCCCCCGAAGGGCAAGAAGGGGGGGGGGGCAGCUCUGGAGCCGCAUGAAGCAGGCUCCGGGCUCGGGGGGUCUCAAGUUCCAGCUGCCCAAGCGCCCCUUUGUGCUGCCCCCCCCGGCCUUUGGGAGCAGCCCCGGGGGGGCGGCGCCUUCGGGGGCCUCCCCCGGCCCCGAGAAACUCCACGGGGGGCACGGGGAGCCCCGUGGGGCAGCAGGAAGGGGGAAACCCGAGGACUGGCCCCCUGAGAUGAAGGCGUACGUGCAGCGCUGCUUCACGGCCUGCGAGUCCGAGGAGGACAAGGACAGGACGGAGAAGCUGCUGAAGGAGCUGCUGCAGGCGCGGCUCCAGGACGGAUCCGCCUUCACCAUCGACUGGAGCCGCGAGCCCCUGCCCGGUUUGGGCCGGGACGGCUCCUCCAGCCCCAAGAAGAAGCGCUGGGAGCUGCCCCCACGCCCCCCGGGCUCGGGGGGCCCGGCCCCCGCCCAGAGAGGGGGUCCCGGGGGGUCCCGGGCCCGCGGGGGCGGCGCCUUCCCCACCAAGUGGAACAGGAACGUGUUCAUGAAGGAGAACAGCUCCUCCUCCAGCGGCUCCCGCUCGCGGUCACGCUCAUCGUCACGGUCACCGGGGCGCCGCUGCCGCCGCAGUGACUCCGACUCGGACUCGUCGGCUUCGGGGGCCGAGCCCCGGCCCGGGGGGCGCAGGGGGGGCCCCCCCAAACCCCGCGGCGGGGGGGGACCCCUGGAACGGGGCCGGGCACGGGCCCAGCGCGGCAAGAGGUACUGGGCAUCCCCCCCAGGCCGGAGCCGGGUCCCCCCCGCCGCGCUCGCCGCCGGCCGCCCCCCCGACCCCGAGGACCCCGAGCGGGAGCUGCGGCGCCAGCGCCGGGCCCAGCGCUUCCAGGGGGGGGGCAACCCGGGGGGGGACACCCCAAAAAAAACCCGGCCCAACCCCCCCCCGGCCCCGGGGAGCCCCCCCGGGCCCGGCCCCGCCGAGGGCUUGGACUGGGACCAGCUCAAGAUCCUGGGAACCUGCCAGGAGGUGACCAAACGGUACCUGAGACUCACCUGUGCUCCUGACCCGGCUACUGUGAGACCUGUGCCUGUUCUGCGCCAGGCUCUGGCUCUGGUUCGCUCCCAUUGGCAGCAGCACCGCGACUACGCCUGGGCCUGCGAGCAGCUGAAAUUGCGCCAGGACCUGACGGUCCAGGGCGUCCGCACCGAGUUCACCGUUGAGGUUUACGAGGCUCACGCCCGCAUCGCCCUGGAGAAGGGCGACCACGAGGAGUUCAACCAGUGCCAGACGCAGCUGAAGGCGCUGUACGGGGAGAACCUGCCCGGCUGCGUGGGCGAGUUCACGGCGUACCGGAUCCUCUACUGCAUGUUCACCAACAACUCCCGGAGGUCAGCGGGGUCCCCAAAACCCCGGGGGGGUCCCCAAAACCCCGGGGGGGUCCCCAGAACCUCGGGAGGGUCCCUGGAGCUCCAGGGGCUCCCCCAGAAUUUUUGGGGGGGCUCUCAUGACCCUGUGACCCCCCUGUCCCACACAGAACUGACCACGGAGCUGGCCCUGCUGCCCCCGUCUCUCCGCUCUGACCCCGCCGUGUCCCACGCCCUGGCCCUUCGCGCCGCCUGGGCCCUGGGGCUCUACAGCCGCUUCUUCCGCCUGCACGGCUCGGCCCCGGCCAUGGGCCCGCGCCUCAUCGACCUCUUCGCCGAGCGCGAGCGGCGCCGCGCCCUGCGCGCCAUCAUCAAGGCCUACCGCCCGGCGCUGCCGACGGCCCAGCUGGGCCCACUUAUGGGGCUGGAGCCCCCCGAGCGCCGCCGCUUCCUGGGGGGGCUGCCCCUCACCUUCACCGGGCCCGACCGCGGCGCCAUCGACUGCCGGCAGAGCCUGGCGGCGCUGCCCCACAUCUGAGCCUCCGCGACCCACGGCAGCCGCGGCGGGGCCGUGGGCACAGGGAGGGACCCGUGGGGCGCGGAUCUGCCCCACGGCCACGGCUGCUGCCCCACGGCGGCUGCCCCACGGCUGCUGCCCCCACGGCUGCUGCGGCUGCCCCACGGCUGCUGCAGAGGAGGGGAUUUGGGGUGGGGGAUUGAUCUGUGGGGCCCAGAUCUGCCCCACAGCUGCUGCCUCAUGGCUGCUGCCCCAUAACCAACCGCUGAGUACAGGAUUGGGGGCCAGGGAUUGAUCUAUGGGGCCUGGAUCUGCCCCACAGCCGCUGCCCCACAGCUGCUGCCCCAUAACCAACCGCUGAGAACAGGAUUGGGGGCCAGGGAUUGAUCUAUGGGGCCUGGAUCUGCCCCACAGCAACUGCCCCACAGCUGCUGCCCCAUAACCAACCGCUGAGAACAGGAUUUGGGGUGGGGAACCCACUUGUAGGGCCUGGAUCUGCCCCAUGGCCGCUGCCCCACGGCUGCCGCCCCAUAACCUUCUCUUCCCCCCUCAGCAGCCACAGAAGGGGGGAUUUGGGGUGGGGACCGAUGUGUGGGGCCGGGAUCUGCCCCACGGCUGCUGCCCCACAGCUGCCGCCCCAUAACCAACCGCCGAGUACAGGAUUUGGGGUGGGGACCGAUGUGUGGGGCCGGGAUCUGCCCCACGGCCACCUCCUGCCCCACAGCAGCCGCCGGGGGGACGUGGGGCGGGGAGAGGGGCCCGGAGCUGCCCCAUAGCGGCUGCCCCAUAGCGGCUGCCCCAUAGCGACUCUGGGGGGGCCUCAGGGCGGGGGCAGAGCCUCUGCUUGGGGGGGCAGAGCCGCCCCACAUUUCCCCCCCCCCAUCCCCCAGCUGCGUUUUUAACCGUGCCUCAGUUUCUCUCUCUUCUUCCUGCUGCCGAGGUCUCGGCCCCCGCCCCACGGAGAGACCCCCGCCCCACGGAGGAAGGAGAGACCCACGGAGAGACCCCCAGGCCGCGGCCCCCGCCCCACACGGAGCCUCGACCCCACGGAGAAACCCCCCCGGGACCCCCCCGCCGCCGCCGCCCGCGGAGCCCCCCCCGCCCGCUCCCCGCCCCACCGCAGACUCGGGGGGCUCCCCCCGCGCCCCACAACCGCCCCGGGGGGGCUCGGGGACUCCGCCGCCGCCGCCGCCGCCGCCAUCGCUUCUCCUCCUCCUCCCCUGGGUCUUUGCGCUGCUCAAACCCCCCCUUUUUUGGUUCGUAUUUAAUUUAUUUCCACCUCCCCCUC